UGUAGUUAGCGCGCAUUGCGCCACCACACGUUUAACUCGCAGUCGCCAGCUUUCCUCAGAAACCGGCCGUACGGAACUUUAGAUACUUGAUUUUGUGACGAAAAUGCCGCCCAAAAAAACUUCCGCACCAAGUAAGAAAACAGUAGAGAAGAAGAAAGACAAGAUAAUAGAGGAUAAGACAUUUGGUCUGAAGAACAAGAAGGGUACCAAGACACAACAGUACAUCAAGACAGUCACCAGCCAGGUCAAAUAUGGCAAUCAGAAGGCCAAGACCAAGGAGCAACAAGAGCAACUUGAUAAAAAGACAAAGAAGAAACAGGAACAAGAUGAGAUUAACAUGCUCUUCAAGCCCGUCACUGCCCAACAGAAAAUUGCAAAGGGCGUGGACCCCAAGUCUGUCGUGUGUGCAUUCUUCAAGCAGGGCACAUGCACCAAGGGAGACAAGUGUAAGUUUUCCCAUGACUUGGCCGUGGAGAGGAAGGCAGCCAAGAGGAACUUGUAUGAAGACACUAGGGAAGAGGAGCUGGCCAACGACACAAUGGAAAGCUGGGAUGAGGCGAAACUAAAGACAGUUGUGGAACAGAAACAUCAAGAAGAAAACUCCCAGAAACCUAAGACAGACAAGGUGUGCAAAUACUUCAUCCAAGCCAUUGAAGAUUGCAAGUACGGAUGGUUCUGGGUGUGUCCUAAUGGCGGCGACAAAUGCAUGUACCGCCACGCCCUGCCACCUGGGUUUGUCUUGAAGAGUCAGAAGAAGAAGCAAGAUGAGGAGCAACCGGAUCAGAGGAUUACGAUAGAAGAACUCAUUGAGGAAGAGAGGGCAAAGUUAGGAUUACAGCAAACCAAGAUAACCCUGGAGACGUUCCUAGAGUGGAAGAAGAAGAAACUGACUGAGAAGAAAGCCCUCUUGGAUAGUCAGACGAACAAGAAGAAGAACGAUUUCAAACAGGGCAAGAGUCUAGGGAUCACGGGUCGUGAGCUCUUUGCCUUCAAUCCAGACCUGAUUGGGGAUGAUGAUGAUGAAGCAGCAGACGACAUACAAUACAAACGAGAUAGUGACGAUGAAGGGGAUGCAGUGGCUGUGAAAGACGUCAGGCUAGAAUCUAUCAAGGCCACGGAAGUAGACGGAACAGGGACAGUGUCAACGAGUAACAAGAGAGAAGGAGAGACGAGUACGGUCGCCGAGACUUCACUGCCCGGAACCAGACUACAGGACAAACAACAAGAAGAUGAAGACAGUAAACUUGACCAAGCUGCAGCCCUUCCUCCAGAUGAGACAUCGGAAGCAGAAGAACCAGCAGGUGCAGCCGCUGCCAUUGUCAAUGGAGUCCCAGUCGAUGAGAAUCUCUUUCUAGAAGACGUGGAGGUUGAUGAAGACCUCUUUGAUCAAGAUCUAGACCUGGAGGAGGAACUGGACGACCUGGAACUGAAAGAUUGAGGUAGCUUGUGACACUCCAAGACCAACAAUGAUUCAAAUCGCUUCCAUUCCCCACUCUGCUCUCUCACCCCCCCAUACAAAUGGGCUAAAAUAAUGCUAAAAUGGGCAGAACAAAUUUAAUUUUCCAACAAAGUUGUGUUGAACCACACAAUAUUUGAUAUGUGGGGCGUUCUGGCAAACUGAGGUGGAACUGGGCACAGACCGUAGUGGAGAAAAACGCAAAGCAUUGAACCAGUUUUGUUUUUAGAUUUAUUGAUAUUUGUAAUCUUUGGUAUGUCGUGAAAAAUCAUGGCUUAAAAGUGUUUUUUAAGGAAAAACAAUUGCCAUUUUUCAUUUUCACGAAUACAAAACUUGAAACUUCAAAGGCCCUUUUCUCAGUAUUUUGCUUUUUUGACAUGUCAAUAAAUGUGAACUUUGAACAGCAAUAACUUUUCAAUGGAAUGUCCGAUUGAAGUGCAACAAACAGUAUUGCAAGGAGAAUUGUAUUCUUUCCUAAUACACACAAACCUUUUCGGCCUCUACCCUGUUCUGUCUCAUUUUGCCAGAAUGCCCAACAUAUAACAUUUGGACUGCAACCCACGAAUGUGCUGCCCAUAUCCGGCCCUUGCAUCUCUUGAUUGACCGUGUGUGUGUGCAUGCAUUUACAGAACACACUUUUGCAAUUUAUUUCUGUAAUAUCUUGGAGUGUCACAAUGUGUAAAUCCCGAAAAAUAUAUUGUAAUAUUUUUCCUCGGAGUGAGGAAAUGGUUUGCAAGCUAUUAAUAAAUAUGUGUAUUUGUUAAAAUAAGUCAGGAUUUGGGGGUUCUGUAGCAGUUGCAAGGGAUGCCCUUUGGAAAAAGCACAGAUCUAUUGAAAUAAUACGUUUAUCUGGCUGAACUUUUGCUAAUUAUCUGAACUUCUUUUUGUUCUUAAACCACAAAAUAUCCCUGGCAAAUUGAAUAUUAGUUUGUCGGUUGCCUGCAAUCUAGUCCUUACCAGAGCAACUGAAUAAAAAAAUGCAACAGUUAAAAAAUAAUCCCUCCUGAGUAAAGUGGCAAUUGUGUGAAUGCUUUGUCCUUUAGAAAACAGUGGGAAAAAUAUAAUGAUCAAAUCUUUUGGCAGAUUUUGGCUUUGGUCACAAAUUAAUUUUCUUUAUUUAUUUUGGCAAAGUUGUGUUGUAGGAAUUUCACAAUACAAGGGCAUUUUGGCGAUAUAUUAUUUGAUUAAUUUCUUUGUGAAUUAAGUUUUACAUUUUGUUUUCCAGACUACUCCUUUUUUUUCUCCAUGUCUUAUUUAAAACUUUUGUCCUAUCCCAGAUUUCCAUAAGACAGAAAUAGGGAAUUUUAAGAGAUCAUUUUGUCAAAAUUAUUGGAACUUAUUAGCAUGGGCUGCUCAAACUCGUGUAUAUGUAUACCCAUUUAAUACCUUGUACAUACAAAUAAACUUCAGUUCUGUGAAUUGAUGCAGUUUA